UGGGAUAGAGUGUCUAAAAUCCAGGGCAAUACUAUGAGGAGAGCGGGCUGGUGCCACCGGUUGGACAUUACAUAUGUCGAUGGCCGCAUCGGACGGCAAGUCGUGCUUUCCGGGCGAGAUGUUCUACGCGCUCUCAACACCUGCACCGACAGCAUCGUCAGACUUCUUCGGACGUAAAUGGAUGGGGUAGAGGAGAAGACCGGUAGAGGGCCCGAUCUCAUUUUGGUUGUCGGCGGCUUUGGCUGCAGCAAAUUUCUCCAAUCGGAGCUCUGCCGUAAUUUAGGUCAUAGCAAUGUCGCAUUUACUGGGGAAGACGGGAUGAUUGCAGUCAAGCAUGGCGCAGCGAUAUACGGUGCCCUCAGGAAUUUUGUCGCCAUGAACCAACAUGAAGCGGACCAAUUCAACCUUCCACGGGUUACCAAUGUCCCCCCCACCAUUUAUAUCCGCUCCCGGGUUGCCCGAUAUAGCUACGGCUAUUCCGUUCCUAACGGGGCCUGGAACGCCAUCACCUGGUUCGUCACAAAGGGCCAAGACGUCGACUUCUCGGCCACCUUCACGCUUCCCCGCAACGCAUUCAUUUUCACGAUCCAGAACAGGCCUUGCGCAGUGAUCUACCGCUCGCCUCAGUCUGCACCUUCCAAUGAAGAAGCCCGGCAGGAGUGCCGAAUCAAGUGUGAACGCCCUGAUAUCCUGGGCCAGUUGCAGUCGGUGCCGGUCAGAAUGCGACUGAUGGGCUCUGGGAUGCAGUUCGAGGUCCAUGGCGCAGGAAAUGAGCAGGAAACCACAUUCACUGUGCUGUAUCCGUAUUGAGGCAUCUUCUGGCACCAGCUGUUCUACCAGAGUGCUCACUUGAUGUCUCCUUCGGCGUAGAGACCACCCUGUGCCUAGAGAUCUAUUUGCUUAUACGAGAACCACUUAGCAGAAUGGGCCUAUUUCUCGCAACAAAGAAUGUUCGGUUGGUAUUUGAGAGGAAGUAGUACGGAUAUAGAAGGGCUUAUUACGUUUGUAUGUGCGGGGACACUCUCAGCUGACUAUCGCAAACACUCCCUCAACAUCGUCAAGGCCCGAAGCCUUUGAGCCCCGUUGCGAAGGUUCGUUUUCCAGCCAUGGAUCCUUUG